GGCGCAGAUCGCCAUGGAGGCCUCGGCGGGCGGCGGGGCCGGCGGCGCGGCGGGGCGGCGCUGGUAUUUCACCCGCGAGCAGCUGGACCGCAGCCCCUCGCGGCGCGCCGGGCUCGACCCCGACAAGGAGCUCUCGUACCGGCAGCAGGCGGCCAACCUGCUGCAGGACAUGGGGCAGCGCCUCAACGUCUCGCAGCUGACCAUCAACACAGCCAUCGUGUACAUGCAUCGCUUCUACAUGGUGCAGUCCUUCACCCAGUUCCACAGGAACUCAGUGGUGCCAGCAGCUCUCUUCCUGGCAGCCAAGGUGGAGGAGCAGCCUCGGAAGCUGGAGCACGUAAUCAAGGUAGCAAAUGCCUGUCUGCAUCACCAGGAAACUCCUCUAGACACCAAGAGUGAGGCUUACCUGCAGCAAGCCCAAGACCUGGUCAUUCUAGAGAGCAUAAUACUGCAGACCCUGGGCUUUGAGAUCACCAUCGACCACCCCCACACCCACGUGGUGAAGUGCACACAGCUGGUGAGAGCCAGCAAGGACUUGGCCCAAACUUCCUACUUCAUGGCCACCAACAGCCUGCACCUGACCACCUUCAGCCUGCAGUACACCCCCCCAGUCGUGGCCUGUGUCUGCAUCCACCUGGCCUGCAAGUGGUCCAACUGGGAGAUCCCAGUCUCCACGGAUGGGAAGCACUGGUGGGAGUAUGUGGAUGGCACAGUGACCCUGGAGCUCCUGGAUGAGCUGACUCAUGAGUUCCUGCAGAUCCUCGAGAAGACUCCCAGCAGGCUGAAACGGAUCAGGAACUGGAGGGCCUCUCAGGCAGCCCGCAAGUCGAAGCCUGACGAGCACGGGGACGAGGAGAGCCUGUCGGAGCAGACCAUCCUCAACAUGAUCUCCAGGAACAACAGCUCAGACAUGAACAUUGCAGGCCUCAUGAGCAUGUCCACCUCCUCCUCCUCCUCCUCCGCCGCCGCCGCCGGGCCCUCCCUGCCGGCCGCCUCCGACUCGCCCGGCGAGCAGCCCGCCGCGGCCGACGUCUCCCACCCUGACCACUGGCACCCUCCAGCCAAGCUGGAGCUGGGCCAGAGCCACAGGACUAACGAGGGCUGCUCCUCCUCCUCCUCCUCCUCCGCUCCCGAGCAGCAGCAGCAGCAGGACGGCUACCCCAAGCCGGGCGGGAAGAACGCGCCGGCGGCCAAGGUGUCGCUGAAGGAGUACAGAGCCAAGCACGCCGAGGAGCUGGCGGCGCAGAAGAGGCAGCUGGAGAACAUGGAGGCCAACGUCCGCUCCCAGUACGCCUACGCCGCCCAGAACCUGCUGGUGCAGCAGCAGAGGGAGAGGGAGGUGCAGCAGGAGGCCGCCGGCAACGCCGCCGCCCUCAAGCCCCCGCCGGGCGCCGCCGACAACCCCGAGCGGCCUCCCGGCGGCCCCGAGAAGCCUGACAAAGCCUCGGCCCCCAAGCUGAGGCUGCCGGCGGCCGGCGGGGAGAGGCCUCUGCCCUGCAAGCAGGAGGAGCUGAAGAUGCGGAUCAGGGCGGCGCCGGGCGGCGAGCGGCACGGCCCGGCCGAGGAGGGCGGCGGCGGCAGGGGCCGCGAGCACAAGGAGAAGCACAAGGGCCACGCCGCCAACCACCACCACCACCACCACAACCACCACUCGCACAAACACUUGCACCCGGCGCCGCCGGCCGCCGGCCCCAGCGGCCUGCCCGGCAAGCGGCCGAGUGACUCCAAGCACGGCGGCCAGCCCGGCGCCGCGCCCCACAAGAGCUACGGCCCCCUGCCGGCCUCCCGCAAGCGCCAGCUGCCCGAGGAGGUGGUGGCCGCCGCCGCCGCCCACGAGCACCAACCCAAAGUCAGCAAAGCCUCCAAGGGCCCCGCUGGGCUGCCCUUCCCUUACCCACACCUCCCCGGGGCCGCCCACCUGGCGGGGCACGGCUCGGAGCCCGGCGGCAGCCUCCCCUUGCCCCAGGCUGCCAAAGCCAGGGGCGGUCCCCACGGCAAAGCGGACAAGGUGCCCCCGGGGGCCAACGGGCACAGUGCCAGCCAGGCCAGUGACUACCAGGAUACAGUCAACAUGCUGCACUCGCUGCUGAGUGCCCAGGGCAUGCAGCCCACCCAGCCCCCUCACUUCGAGUUCCACUCGUACGGGGAGCUGGGCGCCGCCCGGGCUGCAGGCGGCUCCAGAGCUGCCACCACCACGGACAAGCCCAGACCUCCCCCGCUGCCCUCAGAACCUCCUCCUCCGCUCCCUCCUCUCCCCAAAUAAAAGUCUCCUC